AUGUGCCUUCUAACCUAUGCCACAGCAUCUGUUGCAGAUAAUAGCACAACACUAUUAAACAACACCGAUGAGGCAGCCGCAAAAUACUUCUCACCAGCUCCUGGAAACCCUUACCUCCCUACUGAUGACUUAUACAGGCCCUACAUCACUUUUCAGUUGUUGAGUCAAUUGUAUAACAAUCAUCCAACAAAAGACAUAUCUUUAAUCACUCAAAACAAUGAAACAGGCAUUGUGGCUAUUCGUAACGUUGACGUUACCAACCAUUCUGGAAGCUAUAAUGGAGAGUCUGGUGAGUUGUACAACUAUAUUAAUAUGGAUCUUUUCAAUGAGUUGAAUGCAGUAUUCAUGGGCACAAAUGUGAGUGACGAAAAUAUUGUAACUAUCAAGAAGAGAUCAUAUACCAUAUCUCAAGACACCUUCAAGAAAGCAAAAGCUUAUAUUGUCAGUACGAUAAAUAGGUCUCGUGAUGCCAACUUCUGGUUAUCAACAAUAUCGCUAGCCGACAGUCUUUCAAGUAUUGCCAGUGUUAUUUACGGUUUUGUGACCGAUGGCUCGUCAAAUACGAAACAUUCUUCAAUGAAACCCUGUGACACCAUUUUCAGAACAGUUAAGGUGGAUGGAAAAUUGGUUAGAUAUGCAGUUUACAAGUACUCAAAGAAUGGCCAUGGAUGUAACUUUGCAAAAGGAACGGAUUUAGAGGUGGUUUUAAUCGAGGCGUUAGAUACUAAGUUUGCAGAGGGUACUGAAGGAGGAUGUGUCACUUUGUAUCAUGAUGGAUCUACAGUUGCCUAUGCCAAGUUCUUCCUCAAUGGUAGUGGGAUAGCAUAUAAUGACAUUCUUUGUGAGGCAAUUUCUGGUUGGGGUGCGCCAGGUUCAAUUGCAGGCACAGCCUCUCCUUAA